GAUUUUGUCGUCCUUAGAUCUGUGCUCUACUAGUUGAGUCUGAGAAGCGGGACAGAAGCUAUCCGGCGUGUUAGUGUUUUAGCGUAUUAAUGGGUUAUUAACAUAAACUUUAUAGACAGACAGUUAUUUUAUGAUUACUUUUUUGCUCGUGUUUAUGUAACAUAAUACUCAACAACUAAAACCGCGGGACGUUUAAAUGUGUUUAGACUUUAUUUUUCAAGUUAGCUCCAGGAUGGCUAAUCAGAGCCGCAUCACUGAGACGUCUGUGUGGAACCCUUGAGCAUGCUUUUAAGAGAAGGCAAAACAUUUUACCCAGCGUUGCCGCGUCCACGUCUCCACCAUGGCAGAGAAAAACAACAGAAAGAAACUGAAGCACAGGGGUAAAGGAUCUGCCACAGCUGGGACUUCUGCCAGUGCUGCCCCCGCUUCAACGACUCCCAUCACUAGCUUCUUCAGUAGACAGCCUCCAUCUAAGUUGCCUUGCCCUCUGUGUGGCCAGCUGGUACCAAGAUUCAAGAUCAAUGAGCAUAUUGAUCUACAGUGUCUGAACUUUGACAGAGGAGACAGCAGCAUUGCCGCCUCAGCAGACAGAAGUGUUGUGCCAAGCAUGCAGCUGUCACCCAGGAGGAGUUCCACAAAGUCCCCAGAGUGGGAUCGAAGUAGGGGAGAGGAGGUGGAAGAGAACCAGACCAGUCCUUAUUUCAAAAAGAAUAACCUUCAGCAGGGACCACAAGAAAUUAAGAACAAAACUGUAGUCAGGACACUUGACCUGGGACGUCUCUCUUCAAAGUUAUCCAGAAGAUUUAAAACUGCAGAGGAAAAGACACAGACUGACUUGGAAGAUGCAGAAACACAUCUGAAAAAGGAAGCAGACACUUCUGAAACACUUGGCAGCUCACAGAAAGAAAAUGUACUUCUUCAAAGUUCAGAAGAUCAAAUGUCUGCAACAGUCUGUGACAAGUCAACAGCAAGUCCUGAGACAGCAGUGGGGCGUGAACUUAACUCAGAACAAGGACAUGAACCUAAACAAAAAGGCCUUACACAAAAUAUUUUCCAAAUGCAGGAUAAUCCAAAGUUACACUCUCCCUCCUCUAAACUAACAAAGAGGAAACAGGAAAAAUCCUUCAAUGGCAAAGAAUAUGAAUCCAGCAAAAAGGCAAAAUUUGAUAGAAGAAUGAAGAUGGAUGAGGUUUUACCAAAGAUAAAUGAUACAAACAAGACUGAAACUGCUGAGUUGUUAACCACCGCACGUGAACCUUCGCUGACGCAGGAUGAGAUUCAUGACAUAAGUGCUGCUGUCCUCAAGAGUGAUUCACUGCCAGAGUUUUCCCAACAAACCACCAGUGACCACAGUGCUGAGAGCAUUAAUACCCAGCGGCUUCCAUACUACCUCAACAACUUCCAUACUGUGUUACAGGCCGUACUGGAGAAUGAAGAUGACAAGGCUUUGUUCAAUGAGGAGGAUAUGUCCUUUGUGCAUGCAUUUGAGAAGCUAUCAGUACCAGGACAGAAGCUGUAUGUGAGGCUCUUUCAGAGGAAACUGAAGUGGCUUCAAGUUAAUAAACUGGAUUAUGGAGAGAUAUGCAGUGAUCUGACACCUGUUGUUGAGGAGCUGGUUCAAAGUGGUCUUCUACAGACAGAGAAUGAUCUUGAAGACCUGGUAGAAGCUCUAGACCUUCUUCCUGCUCCUGAUCUCAAAGCCUUGGCUAAAAUCUUUCAUCUGAGCAGUUCAGGGACACAGAAACAGCAGCUCGUUAAAGGACUCCUUCAUCUAAGCAAACAAAAAUCAUUUUUUUCACUGGGCGCUGCCCAAAACACUAGGACUGUCAUACUGAAAAGGGCGAAGCAGUUUGCAGGUUCCUGUGUGCGGCUGUGUCGUGGUCCUCGUGUGGUCUUUUCUCGUAUCCUUCUGCUGUUUUCUCUUACGGACACUAUGGAGGAGGAGGAGAUGGCGGCUGGUGGCCAGAGUCAACUUUACACCAUACUACUAGUCAACUCAGGACGUCUGGCCUUUCCUGACUACAAAGUUCAACGUGAGGCCAAAGUGUUCCAGGGCCGAGAAGACCUGAUCCGAUAUGAAGCAGCAAUGCGAUCUCUGCAAGACGUCACCAUAGCAAUGCAGGCCGGACAGUGGGAGGAGGCUUUAGAGCUUUACACCGUGUCAAAAAAUGUUUGGAAGGAGUUGAAGGAAAACCAUGACUACAGCCAUGAGAAAGAGCUGCCUGUGUACCUGCGCAGCUUCACUACAGGAUGGUCAUACACUCGCCUGUUGUCCAGAGGGGUCGAGAUCUUGCAGAGGCUGCGUAAAUAUGAGGAAGCAGUGGUAGAGCUUCAGGCCUUAUUGUGUCAGUCUGAGUACUGUCUAGACAGUCGAGGACGAUGGUGGGACAGACUGGCUCUCAAUCUUCAGCAGCACCUCAAAAAAGCUGAGCAGGCCAUCCAUGCCAUUAAGGACGGUCUUUCAGACCCUCUGGUACGAACAGGAACUAAACUGUCUCUGCAUCAGAGAGCAGUUAGGAUGAAAGAGUCUGCCAGUUUCAAGAAGUAUCGUUUGAAACUUAAAGACUUACCUACUAUACAUGUCCAAGAUGUCAAACAUGUAACAAUCCGAGGCCAACUGUUCCCUCAUGAGGGAGGAAUGGGAAAAUCCAGAUUUCUUCUACAGGCGAAUAAUGAAGGGCUGGCCGGUAGUAAUACGACAGUCAUAUGCUCCGUGGAAGAACUGUCUUUAGCACAUUAUCGCCAACAAGGUUUUGACCAAGGAAUCCAUGGUGAAGGCUCAACGUUUUCCACAUUGUUUGGCCUUUUGCUGUGGGAUAUCAUUUUUAUGGAAGGUAUUCCAGAUGUUUUCCGAAACCCAUUCCAGACCUGUCCACUGGAUCUUUACACUGACUGCUUCUAUAAAAACAGAAAGGAUGCUAUUGAUUCACGGAUACAGUUACUCAGUGAGGCUUCUGUGGAAACACUGCACAGCAUGUUGGAGGAAGUGUGGACCUCACAGCAGGGUAAAGUGUGCUCAUUGGUCAACUGGGAGCUUUUCUCAUCGCUUCAACACGCACAGUCUCUGGUGUCGUGCCUGGGUGGAGGCUUCACAGGAGGAGUGAUAGCCAGGAUGUCAAAGGACUAUAGACACUGUCGUGGAGGUUUGCCUGAUCUGGUGGUUUGGAACACCACAGAAAACACCUACAAGCUUGUGGAGGUGAAGGGCCCCAAUGACCGACUUUCACAGAAACAACAGAUCUGGUUGGAUGAGCUGCAGAAACUGGGGGCGGAUGUGGAAGUGUGUCACGUGGUGGCUUCCGGGGCGAGAGGGGCUCAUCUUGACUAAUGUGACGCAGGCAAACUUGGCGAUGACAUUGUGGCAAAUAAAUAUGCAAUGUAAGAAAAAUUAAAAUAUCAACAGACAAAUGGAAAAUGGUAGUAAGCAUUUAUCGCAAAGCGUACUGGUAAUUGGAUCAAGUAAUAACAGGUAUUUAUUAAAAACUCUACUAUGCCCAGUAAAUUGAGUCGAUUCUAGCUCAGGUUGUUUGACAUGAAGUUUGUACGGUGAGUUUGAUGUAAGGAUGUGGUGUGUCGUGAGGGGAUCAUCACUCAGUUCUGCCAUGAUCAGAAA